AUGUUGAGUGCCAUGAGGAGAUCUUCCAUAGGGGGAAACACCAUUUUGCGAGCAACAGGCCCGAGUCGGGCGUUCUGUGGUUCCUCUAUCUUGCUGGACAAGAUCAGACUGGGGCAAGAACCUUUGGAGUUCAUGCUCAAGCAGGACCAGAAAGUGUUCACCAGGGUUCCUGGAUCUUUCAUAUUCAACAGACUUUUGGACGAGAAGUUUAGAUUAGGCCACACGCAUAUGUAUGAUGCUCCUUUGGCAAAUUUCAACGCUGGUGCCAAGCGGAAUUCAUUUGGAUUUGCAGUUCUGGGGUUGCUUAUGAGCUCGAUGAUGGAGAUGACUGACAUCUUUUUUGAAGGAGCGAGUACGUUGGUAGCUUUUUUUACGGUGGCACCCUUUCCCGUGGUUCAAUACCUUUCUGCGCCUUAUGUGGCCAAGGUGUUCAGACUCUACGACACCUCAAAGCCGCAGACUCUGGAGAAUUUGACUGACGAAGAGACACUUGUGAUCCAGAAGAUCAACUUUAUGGGAACCAAGACUUAUAACGAGCUUGUGGCAGUCAAAAAUCUGAGAUUGCCCAAAGAUUACGAGACCAGAUUCGGUUGGGUCAACUGGGUGCUUGACGACCCCGAAACCGGCACCAAGAAAUACUUCUACAUUGUAGAUGAUAUGGGUGGGGUUGCUAUGGACAGAAUAUGGGGGAUUGUAGAGAAGAAUAGCGGUGUUGAUAACGGAAGGACUUUUGAGAAAUAG